AUGUCUGGUGCUGCUGCUGGUUUUGGCUUUCACCCACAUAUGGCAAGUUUUACACAUCGCUUUGUUGGUAAAGCGUUAGGUGCAACCAUGUGGUUCUGGAUGAUGUAUCGUGCAAAACAAGACGGUCCAGUUCUUUUGGGCUGGAGACAUCCUUGGGAUCACCACGGUGAUGAUCAUCAUGAAGAACAUCAUUAA